CACUGGUGUAGAGUGCUGCCACAAUCGAGUUACUACAGCUAGGAGAGUUUGAGAAGGACUUGCUCUCCAAGGACUUGCGUUCAGGGCACGACUGACUACAUCUAUUCACUGCGAUUUAUUUGAACACUACUACACAAACGUCCUGUGUUUACGAAUUAUCGUGGACUUUAUUUUCUUUGGAGGGCUGCGACCCAUGAUGAGCGGACAGACUUAUGAGAAGAAGGUAGCGAGCAUUUUGACCGAUCUCCCCGGAUCUAUGAGUUGCCAUCCGAGCUCCAAGGACUCUCCGACUCUCCCCGAGUCCUCAGUCACGGACAUGGGCUACUACAGCGGACAGACGGCUCACAGCCAUCACGAAUAUUACCAGAGUCAAACCUACGGGCAACAAAUGAAUGCCUACCAUCACCAAUUUAACCUGAAUGGAAUGGGUGGUGCAGGAGUUUAUCCCACCAAGUCUGAAUAUCCUUACACAAAUUCCUACAGACAAUAUGGACAUUACAACAGAGAUCAUCUGCAGGCUUCGCCUCAAAGCUCAGUGAAAGAAGAACCCGAGCCUGAAGUUCGUAUGGUGAAUGGAAAACCAAAGAAAAUCCGCAAGCCGAGAACAAUUUACUCCAGCUACCAACUAGCAGCGUUGCAGAGACGUUUUCAGAAAGCGCAGUACCUCGCCCUCCCCGAGAGAGCCGAACUGGCUGCUCAAAUGGGACUGACGCAGACACAGGUCAAGAUUUGGUUCCAAAACCGGAGGUCCAAAUUCAAGAAGCUCUACAAGAACGGAGAGGUUCCCCUUGACCACAGCCCAAACGCCAGCGACUCCAUGGCGUGCAACUCCCCGCCAUCCCCGACGGUCUGGGAAAAUAACUCUCUCACUACCCCGCCCAGCAGGCCCCAAAUCCCGCAGCCACCCCUCAGCUCGUCGCCCCCCUACCUGGAGGAUUAUAACAACCACUGGUACCAACAGGGAUCGCAUCUACAGCACCCGGGCGCAGUGCACCACCCAGUAGUACCACAGCAAAGCGUUGGGGCUGCUUAUUAACACAGACUAUAGAGUUUUAAUACGAGGCCCUUCCAAAUCAACGGAACUUUAUAGAGCUCUAAAAGUAUAAACUGGCCGGUUUUGGACGUAGACCUGACAAAGGUGAAACAUUGGUUAUUUUGGAUAAUGUUGAGCGCAGUAGGCAUUUCCCUGAAACGUUGGGUAAACCAUUUCUCCUGCAGGCUACCUACCAUGGGAAUAUUUCAAAACUCAGUCUCAAAUUCACAAGCACAUAAGAGAUGUCGAAUAACAUGUAGCCUAUUUAAAGGAAGCCUGGCGUGGUUUUAAAUUAUUUAUCACUUCCAUUUGUAUUUCCUUUUUCUUUUUGUAAAUGACUAUGCAAAAUCAUAUUUUAACAAGAUCUAAAACUUAAUCAUGAAAACUGUGCAGUUGAUCCAUAUCAUGGUUAUGGGUUUGCAGAGCGCACGUCAGAAACUCAGGUCAUAAUUUAUAUCGAUUUGUAGCCGACAAAAUGUCGAAGGCUGUACAUAGGUGUUAAUAGAAAGCAGAACCACUAAGAUCGUAUUUGUUUGGAAUGGAAUUACUGCACUGUGGUGCUGCAAACCUUUUUAUAUUAUUGUUGCAAUUAGUAUGUUUUUAUUGUCUUUCUGCCAAAACAAAUAAAGAUAUCAAUUGAAUAUUGUU